AGAGAGAAGAGCCGACGCCGAAAAAAGAAAAAGAAAAGGUAGGAGGAGACAACAAAACAACGAGGGCCGAGCAGCAUGAAAGCUGCGGAGAGCCAAGCUUGACGAGCGCGUCUGUCGGAAGUGCCAUCUUAAACUUGGCGGCCGAAGAGGCGGCGGUGGUGCGACCGCACGAUAGCAAACACCGAUGUGCUCCGAGCUCAGAAAGACUGACAGCCUCAGCGUUUUACUUUCAUUGUCAAGGAAACUCCACGUUAAAGACGCGAUGGGAAGGAACGUCCUCUACCGGGGGGCGGCCAACAACUAAGCUGGGCCAUUUCGGAGACAUCACUGGUGGAGCAGACGGGCCCGAGUGGGUCUGGACGUCGUGCCGGAUCAGGGACAUUGUGAGCGAGCAAGCAAGCGACCUCCAUAAGAGCCAUGGGGAGGUGCAAUACAGUGAAGCUCAGUCCAUGGCUACAGUGAGUGGAAAGCUGAAGUUAAGAGCAUUGCAAGGAUGGAGGAGAUACCUGUGUGCGUUAAAGAGGAGCCAUCAAUCCACAUUAAGGAGGAACCCUGUGAGCCGCCAUUCCUCCAAGUGAAGACUGAGCCGUAUGAGGAGGUGACUAUCGACAGCAAGAUUGUUGAUUUUGAGCAGAUCUGUCAAGAAGAUUUGAAAGACCUGGCUGUGAAGGUGGAGUAUGUGACUGAGAACUGCUGUCCAGAUGUGGAAAACUCUGCUCUAGCAACUGACGUGCCACUCCAGGGGCCGUCUGCACACCUGAAGGCUGCUGGUCUCGACAUGGACUCUUCCAAUUGGGAAUGUAAUGAAGAUGUCUCGGCAGCUUUCAGCCAGUUGCAAAGCGUGAAGCAAGUUUGGGAAUACCCUGAGAAAAUCCCAGAGAAGACCGACUCCACCGAGGAUCUCCUUGUUAAUUCCAAAGUGGACGAUGAGUUGAUAAAAGUGGAAGUUUACACAUGUGAUCAAUGUGGGAAGAGGUUUGGCCAGAAAAGUGGCUUUCAGCAUCACACUGGUGGAAGUUCUUUUUGCUGCAUUAACUGUGAAAAUGCAUUUCAAAUAAACGAUACACUGCAGAGCCAUGCGAGUGUUCAACCUGAAGAGAAGCCGUAUUGCUGCAAACAUUGUGGGAAGUCAUUCAGACAGAAGUGGUAUCUUCAGUGUCACUUGAGAAUGCACACCGGAGACCGGCCUUACUGCUGCUUAGAGUGCGGAAAGAGCUUCAUCAUGAACGCCCACCUAAAACGCCACUUAAGAAUUCACUCCGGAGAGAAACCCUUCUCCUGCAAGCACUGCGGAAAGAAGUUUGGCGGACAGUCCGAUCUUCAGUGCCACCUCAGGUAUCAUACCGGAGAAAAGCGCUUUUGCUGCAGAGAAUGUGGAAAGAAGUUUAAGCAGAUCUGGGAUCUCCAGUGCCAUCUGCGGAUUCACACCGGUGAGAGGCCUUACAGUUGCUCGGACUGUGGAAAGAGCUUUGUAAUGAAUGCUCAUCUCAAACGACAUUUGAGAGUUCACACUGGCGAGAAGCCCUACUUCUGUAAAGAGUGCGGAAAGAGCUUUGCAGGACAGUCAGGUCUCCAGUGGCACCUGCGAAGUCACACUAGGGACCAUCCAUACUGCUGUAAACACUGCGGAAAGACGUUUGCAGAGAAGUCCGAUCUCCAAUUCCAUCUUCAGUUGCACACUGGAGAGAAGGCUUACAGCUGCACAGAAUGUGGCAAGCGGUUCAAACAGGUGUGGUACCUUCAGUGCCACCUGAGAACUCACACGGGGGAGAGGCCUUACCACUGCAUGGACUGUGGAAAGAGCUUCAGAAUGAAUGCCCAUCUGAAACGCCAUUUAAGAAUUCACACUGGGGAGAAGCCCUACUGCUGUAGUCACUGUGGAAAGAAAUUUGCCGGGCAGUCAGAUCUGCAGUAUCAUCUCCGGUUUCACACUGGGGAAAAGCCAUAUUCCUGUAUGGACUGUGGAAAGAGGUUUAGGGUGAGGAUCUCCCUUACACGGCACCUGAGAAUUCAUACUGGGGAAAAACCGUACAGUUGCUCGGACUGUGAAAUGAAGUUCAAAACGAAAGAAGCUCUGCAGAACCAUGUGACUGGUCACACGGGACAGAAGCCUUAUUGCUGCACAGUCUGUGGAAAGGUGUUUAGGCAGAAGUGGUACCUACGAUACCACCUCCGAAUUCACACGGGGGAGACGCCCUACUCCUGCACAGAGUGUGAAAAAACAUUUCAGAAGAAAACAGACCUUCAGAACCACAUGAGAGAUCACUCUGCAGUGAGCCCCAUUUGUGACGUAGACUCGGAAAACAAUUCUAAAGAAGAAGGACGUGUGCCUCGCCAACAGUGUGCUUACACUGGUGAAAACCCUUAAAGUAUUCACAGGUUCUCCUGAAACUUCCUGCUUGUAAGAAGGCAAGGAGUGAGCAAUCAUUCAUACCCUGUGACGCUUCAGGUUAGGGAGUUACCCAGAGAAUCUGAGAAGCAAAACAAAAUGACCCCUUUUAUUGGCUAACUGAAGAGAUUACAAUAUGCAAGCCAGCUCAAGGCCCCCUUCUUAACGUGCCAGAAGAAAGCUUGCAUUGUUGUAAUCUGUUCAGUUAGCCAAUAAAAGGCGUCAUUUUGUUUUGCUUCUCAUUGCAUCUGCAAUGGCUAACACUGUACAUCACCCUACUACGUCAGAGAAUCCAAAUAGAGGAAACAUAAGAGAAGAGCUUUAGUGGGCCAGGUCACUGCCAGUUGUGACCUGCAGGGGUCAUCUUUCGACUCAAACCACAGACACCACCACGUAGACAUGAGUCCCAAGUCCAAAACAUCACCACAGACUCAAUGCAUUCACACAUUCAUUCAUCUGGUCUCCUCUCCUCUCCUCUUCUCCUCUCCAUCAACGUGUUUGUUCACCAACGUUGACUCUUCGAGUAACGUGGAGCAGCUGAUUUUAUGCUGGACUCGGGAUUACUUUUGGGCCAGGUAAACAGCUGUCAAACAAGGGAGUCCCCUGCCGGCAGUGGCCAAAAAAUUCAGUAGUGCUGCCAUUUAGAACAAGAGCUAACAGUUAGCCCUGCGGGAGUCCAAACCAAAGGCUCUCCAGAGGAGGAGCACUGCCACCCAGCCGCUCUUAGAUAGCGGUCAUGCUGUGUCCUUCUGCCAUUGCUGUAUCUCUGUGAAUGCAGGGAGUCAUCACAUGUGUAUCAUAGAGUGACAGGCCCCACAUUCGUUACUAGAUUGGUCUGCUCUUGCACCUUUAUGAUAUACACCCGGGGGUCCUCAAUCACGGUCCUGGAGGUUUUCAUUCCAGCCAGUGUCCUCAUUAGAACUCAGUCCU